CAGUUUUAUCCGUCAAAUACACAUAAACCAAUCCAUAUGCUACACUACGCCUUUCUACCUGUAAUGUUUAAUUUAUUUGCUGAUAACAACCAGUCACAACUAUCGACAAGCAUACCAGGAGGAUAGCUAAGGACCAACAAAAAGGCUGGUGAGCGUUCACAGUAUCUCCUGGUUUCUGUACUGAAAAAUGUCUUAAUGACCGAAGAAACACAAUUCACAGUGAUUCAUUGCACUGAAACAAAUCCCAUAUGGAAAUAAUUUUCUCAGGUGGAAAGACAUGGAUUAUUACUGUUUAUUUGUGCAGUUUGACUAAUCAAGAAUGGCAGUAUGUCAUGGCCGAUACAUGUGCAACUAAUAUUAAAGACGAAUUAUGGCCUUUGGAGUGGUACCUGAAUAAAUCUGAAACCGAUAAAUAUGAUAUGAACGUACUACCGGCAUGGAGAAGUUGUGUCAAUGGAACUGGGGUAACUGUUGGUGUAGUUGACGAAGGCAUUCAAGAUCAUUUUGAUUUAAAUAUUAACAGAGCGAUUAGUUUUGGUGUUGCCAAGACAGGAACAAUAGAUUCUUUCAAACAUGGCACUCGCGUGGCUGGUAUUAUUGGGGCUUUGAAAAAUGGCAAACAAACUGUUGGAAUAGCAUUUGGUUCAGAAAUAGCAGAUAUAAAGGUAGCCUCGAGUGCAAUGUUUAAGACGUUGGACGUGGAUGCACUCACUCAUCACAUGGAUAUAAUUGAUGUGUAUUCAAGCAGUUUUGCAAAUUUUCAUACUGGAACCGUAACAUAUCCAUUACUUACUGAACAAGAAGAUUCUUUUAAAAGGGGAACGAAAUUCGGUAGAGGUGGUCUUGGAUCUGUCUAUGUGUUUGCUACAGGGAACAGUGGUGGUGAUGAUACAGAUAUUGGUCGCGAUAGCUGUGCUUACGAUAGACUGGUGACAAACAGAUAUGUCAUUUCAGUAGCAGGAAUACAGAAUGAUUUGACCAAACUUCCAACUGGUGAGUCUUGCAGCGCCAUGAUGGUAGCUGCUUUUACAGCUAAGGCUGGAGCAAUACACCAUAAACUAGUAACAACAGAUAUAGGCAAUACAUCGACAGAAUAUUUUAAUCAGAACUCAGCAGCUACUCCAAUGGUGUCAGGGGCUGUAGUGCUUGCCCUUAGUGCUAAUCCGAGACUAUCCUAUCGUGAUGUUAUGCAUCUACUUGUUUUGACAUGUAGAGGAGAUUUGCCAGAAUUUGAACAAGGAGGAAAUUAUUUUAUGAAAAAUGCAGCAAACUUGUCGGUUUCUUCAUACUUUGGCUUUGGUUUAUUGGACAUUGGAGCUCUUGUUGAAAAAAGUAAAGUUUGGGAAAAUGUACCACAAGUGAUGAACUGUAGUGCAAGCAAUAACCGUCGAAGACCAGUUAGAAGCAACUCGCAUACAGUAUUUGUGAAUAUGUGUAAUAUACAUUAUGUCGAACAUGUUGAAGUGUCGAUAAAAGUUCAACACCGUCAUGCAGGCCAGAUACAGUGGGUUCUUAUAUCGCCCUAUGGAACACGAUCUACAGUUCUUCCUGGCAGAGGAUUAGAUUCAACUAGAGAAAUGAAUCUUACUGUUUUAACAGUGCAAAUGUGGGGAGAAAAUCCCAAUGGACAAUGGCGAUUGGAACCUACGGCUGUCUUUGGUAGUAAUUUAGAUAAUGGAACGGUCGAAUUGUUUAGUAUCACCAUAUAUGGGUGUAGCUGUAUCCCUGGACUGAAGUGUUUGCCGCCAGUACAACAAGUUUCACCAUGUGAUAAAAAUCAAUGUCAAAAUGAAGCAAGCUGUGAUGUUAAUAGCAAUGGUAUAGCUAUUUGUAAAUGUAAAGCUACCUUCUCCGGUACAUAUUGUGAACGAUUGGUACCACACGAAGUUUGGAUAUCCAGUAAUUUACCAGUUAACAGUCCCAUAUAUAUAGUAUGGGGACAACUAGUGUUAUUCAUGAUGAACUUUGUAAAACCUAUAUUGAAUUUUAAUGAAGCGGAUUUAUGCUCAAGUAUUAAAAUCUGAAGAUUAAGAUAUGUGUUAUCAUACUGACAAUUGGUAUUAGUUUGGUUAGUUAAUCAAUUGAUAUCAGUAAAGAAAUACAAGGUUAAACAAAACAUUAUCAAUCUUUCAUGUAUUUUAUUUCCUUUAAAAUAGAGUUUUUCCCGUUUGCUAUUUGUAGUUAUUAUUUAUAGAUUGGAAAUAGUAUAACUAGUUCGGAUACUGGUUUUGUAACAGUAUGUACUAUUUAUAAAUUUGAUGUUACAGGAGGUACAGGAGGCACUAGGAAAGUUUGGGUGGUUAUUUUAUGGGUGGGGUUUAUUGGUACUAUAUAAAGUUUGGCAUUUAAAUGUAUUAGUAUCGAAGGUGCUCGCAGUUACGUCGAAUUGAAGUUGGUCACAUAUGUAUAUGUGCAGUUGCUUCUAUGAUUAUUGUACGAACAGGCGUUGGAGGUAGAAGCCGAGGGAAAAAUGAUGCGAAAGAGGAACAAUGGUAUAUGUCAAGUAUUUA